UGUGUUAGAUUAGACAAGCCAGGACAGCUAAAUAUUAUACCGUUAUCCCGCUUUAAAAAAAAGUGUGACUUUAAAAUGCUCUUACUGUUUAUUGUGGCGUGUGGCGUCGAUUUUUUAAAUGCGCAAUGUGGCGAUAGCUUGUCAGAAGCCACCUGCAUAAGCAUCGAGAAUUGUGAAACCCUGCGGCCCUUGAUAACGAAGCGCAAAAAAACCGCGGACGAAUUUGCCUUUUUGCGAAAGCAGACAUGCGGAUUUGACGGUGCAAUUCCUAAGAUUUGUUGCCCAAAGAACCUGGAGUGCGUGACACCAAACGGAGUAAACGGACAAUGUAUCGACAUUCGUAACUGCUCAAACUUUGUCAAUUUGAUAAACAGCAACCCCACAGCUCACGACAUAAAGUUCAUCCAAAAAUCCAGAUGCUACGGUCCAGAGAGUUACAGUGUUUGUUGUACUCCUCCCCCGCCUCGCAAACCAAUUCAUGCAACGAAUCAAAUAGAUGAUGUGAGCGAACAGUGCCCUGCGACGGCUUUACCUCCGGGCCCAGAGACUGGCUGCUGCGGAACAAAUGAAGGAUUCAAUAAGAUUUCCGGUGGCGGUAAUGCAAAUAUCGACCAGUUCCCCUGGCUGGUUUUGAUAGAAUAUCGAAGGAAUGACAAGAUCGUCACUAACUGUGGUGGAGCGCUUAUCAGUGGCAAUUACGUACUCACGGCGGCUCACUGUGUGGAUACAGGAAAUACUCUAACGAGCGUCCGUCUUGGAGAGUACGACACUAACAAUUCCGGACCAGAUUGCGUUCUAGUGGAAGGCGGAGGUCAUGACUGCACUUAUGGUGCAGUGAGCAUACCAGUAAAUCGAAUUAUUAAACAUCCAUUCUAUCGAGGUGCACCGGACUAUUGGAAUGACAUCGCUAUACUACGGCUCGCACGGAUGGUAACAUAUAAUUACUUCAUAAGACCUAUCUGCUUGCCUUCGACCAAUAUAAGUGAAAGCCCUGCAGGUCCGAGCCUAUUAGCAGCAGGAUGGGGCGCUAUAGACGAGAUUAGAAAUGAAAGCCCUGUGAAACAAGUAGUGGACCUUCCUCCAGUAGAUCUACCUACUUGUUACAAGCACUUUUCAAAAUUUACUCAUCAACCUCGUCUUUGGGGCGGGCAAAUGUGUGCGGGAGGAGAAAGAGGCAAAGACACUUGCACAGGCGACUCGGGAGGACCUCUAAUGAAAUUUAACGAAGACCAGUACGAGAUCGUUGGCAUCGUCAGCUAUGGCACCAGACCUUGCGGCAAACUACCCGGCGUUUACACCAAUGUUUACGCUUACUUGGAUUGGAUUAGAUCUAAUGUGCAAGAAUAAUCCGAUUAGAUAUAAAAUUAACAAAUGUCAGAUACCAUUUAUAAAUAAAAACAACCAAAAUUGUUUUUGUAACAAUUGAUACUGACAUGACAAGUCGUUCGGAACAGUGUUUAAAAAACACUGUUGUAUUAUAUAAUUAAAUUAACCAACCAGUCAUAAGUGUCAUAAGUCAUAACAGUUUGAAUUGAUACAAAAGCUAGAGUGAUUGUUCAAUUAAGUAAGUAGUACAUAACAAAUCUAACCAUUUAGAUUGAAUCAGAAUGAUUUGAGUAGAUACUUAUGAAUUAGGAUUUCCAGGAAUUGUGGGAAAUGUAUGAUAUAUUCAUGCUAGCAAAGCUGCAUGCUAAUAAAGGUACAACCUGAUUCACAACAUUUCAACUUAAUACCUUUUUUUUUUCAAAUGAGACAGUGAACCGAGUCAAUAAUUAUACUUUGAUGAUAAAAACCGGCUGAAAUAUUUCAUUUUUGUAAAAAAUAAGUGGUUUUUAUUGCCAGCCUGUCUUAAACAUGUUCUAGAAGAAUCUAGUUUGCAACAGCAAAGUCCUAUAUAUAUUAUCAUGGUAUCAUGACAUGACUAUUAGUCAUUAUUAGAUGUAUACAUAGUAUAAUCUAAUUAGCAUUGAACUAAGUCUAAGUUAAGUUAACCAUAUCGCAUGGAUGGAUAAGUAAACAUGACCUCAUCUAACUCCGCAACCGCAUGGAGGCAGUUAAGAAAAAAAGGUUACCGAAUGCAUUAUAGGUACCUAUUUAUGAUAAUACCACUUCACAAAAACCCCGAGUUACUCAUCGGCCGAAAACUAUUUUUCCUCCACUUACUAUAUCCGAUCACAAUUAACGCCAAGUUCGCCAAAAUAUACCUUUAACUAUAAGCAUCUAAGUUUGAAUCGGCACAAGCACGUAUAUUACUUACAGCAUUACAAGAAAAAUCACUAAUUCACAGAUAAACAUAUCAGCAAAGGUCGUUUGUAUUGUUUCUUAUA